AACCCGGAACAAAGAAUCCGGAAGCGAAGGCUAAAGUUAAGAGCAACGGCCGCCGCGAAGCUCUAAACCUCCAAAGAAGUAAAAUCACAAUGGCGAAAGGCGACGAUAAUGUGCAGAGGAAGAAGAACAAAGUGACGAGGAAGAAGAUGAGUAGAAAGAACGAUUCCGCCACUGUUUCUGCUCGCAUCGCUGCCAUUAUCGCCGCCAAGAAACGCCGCAAGUCUGGCAAACGCAGCAUGUGUCAGGGAAUGUGUUUUAGUCUUCCUACACCUCAAGACCCAUAUAAUGAGAGGCAGGGUAAACCUGAUAUCACGAAAAAGAAGAAGAAGAAGAAGAAUAAGGUGAAGAGUAGAGAUAAAGAAGACAAGAAACCAUCUCCUAUGUCUAUUGACGGUGUUGAGAAGAUGGAUGGUCCAUCAAAGUUUCUGAUGUCAAACCUGAAUGAGAUAGAGAACUCGUUUCGCAAAGAUGGCACAUACAGCGAACAGCAUGACAAGUUCUUGUUCACUAGCACUUGGGGAAUUGAGUUCUGGAAAUGUUUCUUAUCUGGGAAAGAUAUUGUAGAGACAAGUGGAAUGUCUUCUACUGUUGAACAGAUUGCGUGGAUUGUUUCGACCGCAGCAGAUGCUAUUGCUAAACGGGAGAAAGACGAGGAGGAGGAUGAGUCGAUUGGUAACAGCCCUUUUCUUUUGUACCUUGUGCCAUCUCAGUCCAAAGCUUCUCAGGUUCGAUCGGUUUGUAAGGCACUGAAAGGUAUUGGAAUUCACACAGUGAGCUUACACCAAGGAGCGUCACUAGAUCAUCAGAUUUCCGGAUUGAAAAGUGUCGAGCCUGAGUUUAUAGUUGCUACACCUGAGAGACUUUUGGAGAUUGUCAACUCGAAGGGCGUUGAUAUAUCGGGUGUUUCAUUGCUGGUCAUCGAUGAACUAGGUUCCCUUUGCAGUAGUGGUUAUCUAGAUGCUGUUAAAUCCAUUAAGCAGGCCAUUUCCAGCAAACACCAAUCAGUAGUUUUCAACGAUAGUUUUACUGCUACCACUAUUCCGGCAGUCCAGGGUCUUUUGGGGAGAUCAAUCAACAGAGUUACCGUCAGUGAUUCUGUUGCCAGCCAAGGCUCUUAUAUUGUCCAGACUGUAAAUGUCUGUUCAACAGAAGAUAAAAAGCUAGAGAAGUUUGCAGAGCUUCUGGAUUCAUCUUCGUCGAAGAUAAUACACAUUAUUACAAAGGAGGAAAGUUUCGGAAAGAUAAGGGCUCUACUUAAGCUCAAGGGUAUCUCAGAGGUCCAAAAGAGCCGGAAACCUUUGGCACACUUGAUUGAUAUCGAACAGUUGGAUACAACAGUUAUGAGGGACUUUGAAACCGUUCUACUUCCAGAUUUUUUCCCAUCGAUCGAAAUUUACACUCAGAUUCUGACAAGCAUGGCUAGAGAGAGCGUUCACGGUGUACUUCAAAGCUUUAUAACAAAAAAGGAGGCCAAGUCUUAUCAAGCUGGACCAUUGGUGAAUGUCCUGGAGAGUUGUGCUCAGAACGUGCCUGAUCCUUGGAAGAAUUUAUCUGUUGCUAUGUCUGAUUAAUCAGAUGUUCUCCAAAAGCAUUUUUGUUUGUUCCAUUGAAGUUUAAGCUGCAGAAAAUUUUGGGUAAAAUGAAAUUUCACUGUGAGUUUUUGAGUAAACCAUCAAAGAUUUGGGCUAAUGAUUCAUUUUUUUUUGUUUGGCUGAUA